CAUAGCAUUUGAGUGCUAAGACAUCCCUUGAUCCCAACAAAUUCUGAAAGUUCCAAACUUAGUGCAAGAAACUUGGCUAACUUGGAGCUGAACACUUUCAAAACCACAACUAUCAUGAAACUUAUCAUCUUAGCUCUCUGUGUUCUAGUGCUUUUCUCCUUUUCAGAUGCUUAUGAUCCUCUGGAUCCAAAUGGCAACAUAACGAUCAAAUGGGAUGUCAUGUCCUGGACCCCAGAUGGCUAUGUUGCUGUGGUGACACUCCACAAUUUCCAAAUGUUUCGGCAUAUCAUGAAUCCUGGGUGGACGCUAGGAUGGACAUGGGCUAAGAAAGAGGUAAUAUGGACCAUGAUAGGGGCUCAAACCACAGAACAAGGAGACUGCUCAAAGUUUAAGGGCAAUGUGCCUCAUUGCUGCAAGAAAACUCCCACCGUCGUGGACUUGCUUCCUGGUGUGCCUUACAACCAGCAAUUCACAAACUGUUGUAAGGGUGGAGUUGUGGCUGCGUGGGGCCAAGAUCCUUCAGCAUCUAUCUCUUCCUUCCAAGUAAGCGUAGGACAAGCAGGUACUUCAAACAAAACAGUUAAACUCCCCAAGAAUUUCACUCUCCUGGCCCCAGGACCGGGCUAUACUUGUGGCCCUGCCAAAAUUGUCCCUUCCACCAAUUUCCUUACACCUGACAAGCGCAGGAAGACUCAGGCACUGAUGACAUGGAAUGUAACAUGCACUUACUCACAAUUUUUGGCAAGAAAGAACCCAAGUUGUUGUGUCUCGUUGUCAUCCUUCUACAAUGAUACCAUCACGGCCUGCCCCUCUUGCGCAUGUGGCUGCCAGAACAAGAAGAACUGUGUAAAGAGUGACUCCAAAAUUCUCAGCAUGGUGGGAGCACACACUCCUAGGAAAGACGAUGAACCGCUGCUACAGUGUACUCACCACAUGUGCCCAAUCAGGGUACAUUGGCAUGUGAAGAUCAACUAUAAGGACUAUUGGCGAGUAAAGAUUGCCAUAACAAAUUUCAAUUACAGGAUGAACUACUCACUUUGGACCCUUGCAAUUCAGCACCCAAAUCUUAACAACAUCACCCAAGUUUUCAGUUUCAAUUACAAGCCUCUGGCAGCCUACGAGUCCAUAAAUGAUACUGGUAUGUUUUAUGGCAUGAAGUACUACAAUGAUCUACUAAUGGAGGCCGGACCAGCCGGCAAUGUUCAGUCAGAGGUACUUAUGCAGAAGGACAAGGAUACUUUCACCUUGAAGCAGGGUUGGGCAUUUCCUCGCAAGGUCUAUUUUAAUGGUGAUGAAUGCAUGCUGCCUCCACCUGAUAAAUACCCAUUUCUGCCCAAUUCUGCUCCCGUAACUAUACUCAAUUUCCCUUCAUUCAUAUUAUCAUUGCUUUUCCUGCUAGUUGUUUGGUGAUUUGGCAUACAAAGUUGGUUUUGAUCUGUGCGAUUUUGGUAGCUGAGUAUCCUUGUUCUGAUGAAAGAACAGAACAGGCAUACUGCAUCAUCAUUAUUUGGCAGCAAGCUUGUGUUCUUUUGUGAUACAUGAGCAGUGAAAUGUUCCAACAAUGACUUAAUUCGAAUCAUGACUUGAAUUGACAUUAUCAAUACGUCUUUUUUCU